CUUUUAAAAUUAUCGAAGCCCAACCUGAAAGGAUUCCAAUCGAAGAAAACGACAGAGAUGCCCGGGAUGGUCAGUAAAAAUCCAGAUCUCGAAUUUGACUCCUUGCAGCCUUGCUUCUAUCCAGACGAAGACGAUUUUUAUUUGUGUGGUCCGGAUUCUGCUCCCCCAGGGGAGGACAUCUGGAAAAAGUUUGAGCUCCUGCCUACACCUCCUCUGUCUCCGAGUCCAGCUGGCCUGCAAGAGAACCCUCCGGGAGGCGGCCACUUAUCAUGGGGAGCAGUGGCGCUAGGGGGCUUCCGAACCAGCGACUCCCUGGACUGGGCUUCGGAAUUGCUGCUGCUGCCCCCAGAAGCGGACCUGUGGGGCAGCGCCGAUGGAGGGGACUCCUUCGACAUGGGCUUAGGAGAGAGCAGCAACCUCAACGCCAUCAUUAUCCAGGACUGUAUGUGGAGCGGCUUCUCUGCCCGGGAGAAACUGGAAAGGGCAGUGCACGAAAAGCUGCAGGGCAAAGGAGGGGCAGCCACGGCCCCCGCCACCGCUGGCUCUGCCACCGCCGCGGCCACCCCCAGCGCCAGCGCUGGAAAUGACAGUGGCGGCCAGGGAGAGCUGAACAACUCGGUCUCGGAGUGCGUAGACCCAGCGGUGGUUUUCCCUUUCCCCAUUAACAAGAGAGAACAGGCGGCUGCGGCUCCCGCCUCAGCUGCAGGGGGAGUGGCCGGCAUCCGGGUGAACGUCUCCAGCAGCGGUGGGGCCGCGCAAGGGACAGCGGGUCCCCCUUCGCGCAGCGGACGCCACCCCAGUGCGGCCAGUGACAGCCGAGCCAACAGUAGUUCGGGGGACGACACUCUGAGCGAUUCUGAUGAAGACGAGGAAGAGGAGGAUGAGGAAGAAGAAAUUGAUGUGGUAACAGUGGAAAAGAGGCGCUCCUCCUCCAACAAACCUGUCACUACCCUGACUAUCACAGUGCGCUCCAAAAACGUCAGCCCCUUGGCCUCUGUGAGAACUCAGCCAAAUGAAGUCAUCCUUAAGCGCUGUGCCCCUAUUCAUCAGCAACACAACUAUGCCGCCCCUUCUCCUUACAUGGAAAGCGAAGACGCACCGCCGCAGAAAAAGCUCAAAAGCGAAGCCCCCCGUCCGGCAAAACCCAUGACCCAACCAAAGCCGAAGAGCUCGAGUCCUCGAAACUCCGACUCGGAAGACAGCGAGCGUCGACGUAACCACAACAUCCUGGAGCGCCAGCGACGUAAUGACCUGAGGUCAAGUUUCCUCACGUUAAGGGACCAUGUGCCGGAACUGGUGAAAAACGAGAAAGCGGCAAAAGUUGUCAUCUUGAAAAAAGCCACUGAGUAUAUUCAUUCCUUACAGGCAGAGGAGCACAAGUUAUUGCUGGAAAAGGAAAAACUUCAAGUCCGGCAUCAGCAGUUGAUAAAAAAACUGGAACACAUGCAGACUUGCUAAUUCUUCUUUAAAAAAAAAUCUUUUUUGUUGUUGUUUUUAAAUUGUCUGAUCAAGACAAGCCACUGCCACUUUGCACAUUUUUGAUUCCUUAAAGAAAGUUGUGUUUUUUGACGUUAAGAAUGUUGGUUUUUCUUUCAAAUCCAGUCUCUGAAGUCAAGUGA